AUGCCUUCUGUUACACUGGAUAUUGGCAUCAUUGGGGCUGGUAUAGCAGGCUUGUCCUCGGCCAUUGCAUUGUCGAGAGCAGGACAUUCCGUCGACUUAUAUGAAAAAUCCAGCUUUCGGAAUGAGACGGGCGCUGCCAUCCUCAUCGGCGCAAACGCAUCAAGGAUACUAUCGAGUUGGGGAUUCGAUUUUGUGAAGGCCAAGGCCCUAGACUCCUGCCAGAUGCGCAGGAUCAAAGCCGACACCAUAGAACUGGACUCGGUAGAAUCUUUCACCGAUAUCGAGAAAACUUAUGGUGGCAGAUGGCUGUUAUUUCAUCGGGCAGAUCUCCACACUGGGCUGAGAGACCUGGUUGACGCUCAAAACCCGCAGCCUAAGAUUCAUCUCGGAACCCCGGUGAGCGACGUCGAUGUGGAAAAUGGAAUCGUCACAUUUCCCAGCGGCGAGCAAACAAGGAAAGACGUUGUGAUUAUAGCAGAUGGAAGCCAUAGUGAGCUCACUGAGAACAUCAUCGGCAAACCUCACCCAAUCAACAAGGCUCCACUGUCAAUGUAUCGAUUCUUGCAGCCAUUCGAAAAGGUUCUCGCCCACCCAGAAGCCGGGAAAUUCUAUCAAAACCAACCCUCAGGAUUUACUACUUUCUACAAGGCCGCGAUUGGUCGACCCGGUCAUAUGAUGAAUACGUAUCCCUGCAGGGGUGGUGAGCUUCUGUAUGUGGCAGUUCUGCACCCGACAAAGCCAAAGGAGAAAGACGUCGAGGGCUGGAACUCGCCUGCAGACUAUGAGGACGUCAUAUCCGAUGUUCAAGGCUUUCAUCCUGCCGUACAAGCUAUCUGUGAAGGCGCAACUGAGGUGAAAGUGUACAAUCAGAUGUGGCGCGAUCCAAUCAAUAGCUUCGUGAAGGGUAGGGCCAUCAUGAUCGGUGAUGCCGCUCACCUUAUGCUACCUACCCACGGGCAGGGCGCGGCAAUGGCUUUUGAGGACGCCAAGGCAUUGGAGAUACUCUUCCAGAAUAUCACGUCUGCAGCAGAUGUACAAACGAGAGCCCAUUUGUUCGACAAAAUUCGCGUCCCGCGAGUAGCGGCGACGCAAACAAUGUCGAACAAGAUGAUGGGUCCACCGGAGAAGAUGAUAGCUGAGGUGAGAAGGUAUUAUGACGGCCCGAUUCCCGGUCCGAAAGCAAAGACGUUCUCUCAGGAGUACAACGACUUCUUCUUCCUUUAUGAUGUCGAAGGGGAAGCGAAGUUGAGCUUGGAAGCGUUAGCUUGA